AUGAUUGCGCAGUUUUGCGAGGACAACCAUAAGAAAUGGGAUGCCCAUCUCUCUGAACUGACGUUUCCCUUCAAUACGUCCCGUAAUGACUCGACUGGAUUCACUCCGGCUUUCCUGAAUUUUGGAAGGAAACUCGAGUCGUCGAAAACUCUUCUGCGUGAAGAACAGCCGUCUGUUCCGUCCGAAAAUCCCGAGCCGACGAUCGCAGACAUAACAAGUACCGAAAAUCGUUUAAACCGUUUAAAAGAAACCUUCGAAUUGGUCCGUUUAAAUCUAUCUCGCGCCUUUGCGUCACAGAGCCAUUAUUAUAAUAUAAGACGAAGAGAAUGGCAAUGUAAUCCCGGCGAUCAAGUUAUGAAAAGAGAGGACCCUCUAUCUUCCGCCGUGAAAGGUUGCGCAGCUAAGUUAGCACUAAAAUACUCCGGACCUUAUACCGUCACUCGUAAGAUAUCUCCAGUAGUCUAUGACUUGGCCGAUAAGGAUAACCGCAAGAUACGACGUAUCCAUAUCAAAGAUUUGAAACCCGCCCAUUAG